AUGGAGUCCAACGCCAUUCCUCCUUUUCAAACGACCUCAUACCCAGGCCGACGUCAGACACUAUUACGCGUCACGAAUAACGCCUGGAUAAAAGCGUUUCGUGACACUCGGCUCGACUUAGUCUUCAUCAACAUCGACGCAAGUGUUGUAAACAAAGAAAUUAUGGCUCGUAUUGUUGAAUGUGUUCCAAAUUUCUCCGAAGGACGAAACAAAGAGGUGAUCGACGCCAUAGCACAAGCUAUUGCUUCUGUUGAUGGUUGUUCACUUCUUGACGUGGAUCCAGGCGUGUCCACAAACAGGACUGUUUACACAUUUGUCGGUUCGCCUGAGAGUGUGGUGGAAGGAGCUUUGAAUGGAGCAAGAAUGGCAAUGCAGUUGAUUGACAUGACAAGUCACCAAGGUACUGUUAUUUGCUUGGUUUAAGUUUUUUUUUUUUAUCAUGAAUAUAGAGCGAAUAUUAAUUAUUAAUUUUGUGUAUGAAGUGUCAAAAAAUGAUCGCGUGAACCCUUAACUCCCAGAAGUGAUUAACAAGAAACUUCUCCCUUUAAUAUCCAUACAUUAUCCACCAAGCAGGUUAUGAGAAUAAUCAAACUUAUCAGGUAAAGUUCAUAUCUUGAUGUAAUACCCAUUUCUUCCCACUAAUUUACAAUGAGAUGUGCAUGCAGCAGCUGAAGGGGAGAAUUGACAACCAUAUCUUGGGAAUUAAAGGGUUGAAGAUUAUUUCUAUAUUGUAGCAAGUCAUAUUAAGAGUUUCUGCAUUUCCUGUACAGAUUAAUUAAGAAAAUGUUUUAAAAAUAAAGUGACAUUGAUCGUACAAAUCUCAAAUUGAUGCUUGUAGAAUAUAUUGCAUACAUUUACAGAGUGAGAUUGUUUUAGGUCCAAAUAAACUCGCUCACAAUCAUAGAUACAGGUAUGUAUAAUUAAUGAGGUUUAUAGACAAACCUCGCCUUUUCUAUCAGUGACCAUUACAAUCUGAUACUAGUUUACUGGAUGUAAUAAUUUUCAAAAUUCUCUAUGCAAUUUAAAUAUUUCUUAAAGUAUCAGCAAGUGCCAUUUGAAUUCUAUUUGUUGCACAUACAAUCUGAAAUUGCAUAUGUUUUCUUUGUGAUCUCUCUCUCACAGCUAAAACCUGUCAAGCAACUUUAUAAGAGUGAGGAGGGGGAAGGGAGUAGUGGAGGAGGAGUGGUGAAACAUGUAGCUACCUAAGGGGCGAACUGUCAGGAAAUCUGUCUUAGAAAUAAAUAUGGCAAAAUUCUGGAAUGGGGGAGGGGGUGAAGGGAGACCUUUGUUGAGCUUGAAGCUUGUCAAGGGGAAGUAUGAAUACUCUCAUUUAUUCUAUUUCAACAGGAAAUAGAUAACUUUUGGUGAUGUUGACAAAUAUUGGCUCUCACAGGACUAAACUUGUUACAAUUUAUAUUAUUUUAUCAUGUUUAGGAGUUUCCUGUUAUCUUAAAAUAGAAGCACUUUUAUUUCCAGGAGAACACAAAAGGCUUGGUGCCUUAGAUGUCUGCCCCUUUAUUCCUGUCCAGGGUGUAACUAUGGAUGACUGUGUUCAGUGUGCAAAAGUAUUUGGAGAGAGAGCAGCUAUAGAGCUUGGAAUACCAGGUAUCUCAAAAUUUCUAUAACAAAUUGAUAUUACGAGAUAUACUGUGAGUUGUCUGAGAUGGAUUGUUAAUGAUAGUUUUGAUAACAAUAGUUGCUAUGAGCAAAUUGUCAAUCGACUCUUAAAUUUUGAAGUCAAAGUUGUAUAGCUGUGAAUGUACACUGAAUAUGAACCUGAACAUGUCUAAUGAUUUCCAAAAUGUUCUACACAAUUAAAUUUUGUAAGGUGCUGAUAAGGGGAAUUUGUUUAACAAUCAAGAGUUUCUUUAGUUGUUGAUCAUUUCCUUCAUUCUCAUGACCUUUACAAUGUGUUAUUCAGGGGUGAAAUUGCAAGAAGAAAUUAUUGCUAAGUCACUUUUAGGGGUGAAAAAAUAAGGGUUGAUAAAGUGAGAACAGAAAAUCAGAAAACAAAGUAAAUUUGAAAGACUUGAUUUGCUGGAAGGAAACCUCACUAAGAAAGUUUUUAAUUAUUUCCUUUUAGUAUAUUUGUAUGGAUAUGCAUCUAAUACAGAACAUCGAAAAACUGUCCCUCAAAUUAGGGCAGGAGAGUAUGAAGGACUUGCUGAAAAGGUAACUCUACCUUACAACUUGAAAUGUUACACUGUGCUUAUAUCUUAAAAUAAGAUCUAAACUAUCCCACUGUAUAUUAAAUAGUAUACAAAUAAUGUAAAUCUGAACAAGAUUAUUGUAAGAAAUAUUUUAUGGGUAAAAUGAUGUAACCUUUUGACUGACUUGUAUGUCUAUGAGCCAUCUUAGGAAAAAAGGUCAUAUUUGUAUAGUUUUUAUAUCAAGCCUUGGUGUUCUAUGUAUGAUGCAAGAGUUUAUCCAGCCAUUAAAGGGGGACUGAGGCUUAAAAUUGUCAUUUUUUUGCAUUCAUUUACUAGUUUACUAUUAUGCUGUAUACAAUGUUUCUUAGAAGUUCUUGUGUAGUUUUGAGAUGUGUCUGAGAAAAAGUUGACCCUGUAGGAAAUUAUGAAAUUGAAGGCAAUCAGAAAAAAGCACCACCUGUAUUAAACUCUUCCCCUCUCAAGAUCUUAUUAGUAAUUCACCUUACCAUUGCCAUUCAAUUCUUUUGAUAGUAGUUUGGAGAAUUUGGUAAGGGAUAUUUAUUUCCAUUUUUUUUUGCUUGAUAUUGUAUUGAUAACAAUCCCAAUUUAAAAACCUACUUCACCAAUUGAAAAUGGACAUGAUACUUUACGUAUCUUAGUUCCUGAAUGAACCAAUCAGAUCUCAAAUACAUUUUUAAUGAGAUCUUUGGGGAAUAAAUUACUGUGUCACUCAUGGGAGCUAAUGAAAAAUGAACUCAAGUCAUAUUUCAUCCAAUAGAUUAAAAAACCAGAGUGGAAGCCAGACUUUGGUCCAGUUGAGUUCCUUCCCACCUGGGGAGCUACCAUUGCAGGAGCAAGGAAGUUCUUGAUUGCUUACAAUAUUAACAUUUUGGGAACAAAAGAGCAAGCUCACCGACUGGCACUGAAUCUGAGGACACAAGGCAGAGGUCCCGAUCAGGUGAAAAUUAUGUCAGAUUUUUUUCCAUUUAAUUUUGAUUUUACUUAACUUACAGACUGUACUUUCUGUCAUUUGAUGCCUGAGCACAGUUGUAGUUAUGAAUUACAAUGAGUUCAUCUACAUCUCUUUCACCUUUGUUAAUGAGAUUGUUCUAAUUGUUCACAGUCAUUGUAACUUAAUUUAAGACUGAAAUGUGGGUCCCCCCUAUUGGGCAAUUUUUUUUCUCAUGAAUAGUGACUUCAAUUGACUUUUUUAAUUCUUUAAUUGUGAUUAAAGAUGAUAGAUCUUUUGACAUCCACAAGAAAAAUUUUCUUAUUUAAAUGUGAAUUAGGAGCUUAAUUAAACAUGAUUUGUGAAGCAGCCAUUUUAUCAUUUUGAAAAUGUGCCUAUUGUUCUCGAACAGCUGUGGCUAGGUUUAGAUUUCAUUGAAAGACCACUAAUGGUUUUCAAACAAAUAAGAUAAGACAUUACAUCAUUCUUCAUCACGACUUAUCUGACUGAGUUUUACAAAGUGGUAUAUUAGCAGUAUGAGGGAACUUCUGAAAUACCUUUGAAGACAAGGCCUUCUUCACAGGUGUAGCCAGGAUUUUUCAAACGAGUGAUGGGAAGGGGGAUCACACUGUGUUGAACAGAGGACUCUCCAGUGUUUGCUUCCUGAAUAUUGUAGGUUUUUUGCUUAAAAAAAAAGGCUUACAAGGGGAGAGGAACACCCCAGAAUCCCCAACCCCUUAGCUAUGCGUAUGCUUCAGCAAUGUAAUCAUGCAAAAAUAUUGACAGAAUGACUGAGCAGAGGUGAUACUUGCAAAUUGAAACAUUCUGAAGAAUGCCUGAUAACCUGUUUAAGAUGAACAUGUCACAUUCACAAUGAUUAGAUUGGUAAGCGUUGUCUUUGACAAAUGCAUAUUGACUGUUGUGGUUACCAUGGCUCGGAUUUUAUGACUCUGAGUCAAAAAGCUGAGCUUUAAGUUUGGAGAUACACACAAUGAAAAACAGUAUAUUCUUUGUUGGGCAAGAGAAAUGAAAUGAAAAAGUGAAACAUUACCAGAUAAAUGUUCAACUUUUGAAUGUUUUUCUUAUUUACAACAGGCAGGUCGCCUUUCUGAAUGCCAAGGCAUGGGCUGGUAUUUGGAAGAAGCAAAUAUAGCACAAGUGUCUUUAAAUCUUCUGGACUAUCGUCAAGCUGGUAUGCACACUGCCUUCGAAGAAUGUGUGAAUGAUGCAAGGGUAUGGACUGGUGCAAUCAGUUGUUUUUUGAUCAUGUUAAUGUGGCACUGACAUUAUCUUUAAAGUUUCAUGACACUGUGAAAAUUAUUGACCAUAGAAUACUAAAAAAAAAAAGCUGAAAUGGAGGCGAUAUUUAUCUAAUGAUCCUAUGCUAUCAGUAUGCAGGAAGUUUGUCACAAGGGUCCUAGUUAUGAGUUUCAGACCUAUAGCUCAGUGGUGGAGUUCCCAAAGUACUAAUCAGAAGGUCCUAGGUUUGGCUACUAUUGGAAGCACUGGUGUUCUUUUUCUCCAACUAUUGCCUGUUUAAUUCACUAAAUAACAUCAUCUUUCACCUGAAAAACCAGGCUUCAAAUUCACCAUCUUCUUUAUGUCAAAAGCAUCACAUUCAACAUUAUUCACCUAGCAGUAUGUAGGUAGUGUGUCAUGAUGAACAUAGUUAAACAGCCUAGCCAACCACAAGUCUCUUAUUAUUGGUAGCUCAGUGGUAGAGCAUUUGAAGAACUAAUCAGGAGCUCCUAGGUUAGAAUCCUAUUUAGAGCACUUGGAGUUUCUUUUCUCCAAGUAUGCCUUUGUCAUUCACUGAAGAACAUCAUUUAUAACUUGAUAAUUAUCCAGUGGUCUGAAGUGAAUGACUGUGAUUAUUGAAAGUGGGCUCCUUUCAUUUUUUAUUCAUUUCUUUUAAGUUUUUUGUUUGUAUUUUUAUUUGUUUGUUAGUUUGUUUUGCCUUUUGUGUUUAAAGAAAAUUGGGCAAUCCCAAAGAGGUGGAAAGGCCCAUCUUACCAGAGGUCACGAUAUAAUCAUAACUACUUGUAAUUAAGAGUUUACAAUAUCUAAAAAAGAAAUUUUGAACAGCAGACAAUUUUGGAACCGACUUGUUCUCACAACAAAGUAAGGGAGAUUGAAUUAACUGCAGAAGGGUAUUGUCGUUUCUUUGUAGGAACUGAAGCUUGCUGUUUGUGGAUCUCAGAUUGUGGGUCUUGUUCCCCUGGAAGCCAUGUUAUUGACAGCUGACUUCUACAUUCAGAAAGAAAAUCUUUUUAUUGUAGGUGAAGAUCAAAAAAUUCGUUUGGUAGGUAGCUAAACAUGAUAUUUUGAAAUUUGAUAUGAAGGCGGAGCUUGUGGGAGGUAAAGUUGAAAUCCAGCUUGCCCUUUGGACUGGUAUUUACAAUUGGCCUAUCUUGGGCUAAAGUAGACAGUUUGGAACCGGUUUUGUAGUGAAAACAGAAUCCUACACAAUCAAACGCCGUAAAAAAUCACCACAUCCAAAUUAAUACAAAAGCUAGUGUAGGCAAGGUUUAGGGGAUGGUCUUCAAACCAUAAGCAGUUUUAUAAUCACUGGAUUGCAGAAAACCUACCUCCAGUUUGCAUCUCGUUUAAUGAUGCAUAGUGUUCAUUUUUAUAUGCCUUGAAAUAUUUUUUUGCCAUUUAUAGGUGAUAGAGAGACUAGGAUUGAACUCAAUCACUCCAUUUGAUCCUAAAACAAGAAUAAUCGAGUGAGUACAAUAUGUGAAAUACGCACAUGAAGAACCACGUGUUUUUGAGUGGACAUGUUGGUUGCAAUUGAUAAAACUGUUAUAACAGUAAUAGGAAACACGACCCUGAUCAGCUGGCGGCUUAUUGGGUAUUACUUACAUUGAUUGAAGGCUGAAAAUGAAAGCGAAAACGAGGGGUGAGCUUUAUACGGUGUGUAAGUAUGUAAGGUACUUUGUGAGUUGUUCUAAGGGAGGUACAGUUUUUGGUUAAGUACACCAAUUGCAUUCCAUUCCUUGAAUCCCAUCAAUAAACCGAGUCACUGAGCCGCGUGUUUUUGGCACAGUGUUGAAUCCUUCUCUUUCGCCUAAUCGCAUUCGUCAUUUAAAUCUACUGUCAGAUACAUGGUUGGUGAUGUAGAAGAUGGACCUCUCGUGUCGAUGCCUUUCCGACAGUUUAUCUACAGCUUAGGAUCUCGAUCAUCAGCUCCAGGGGGAGGAUCCGCAUCUGCGGCGAUUGCUGCUAUGGUACGUCUUGCAAACAGUGAUUGGUCGAUUGAAUGUAUUAUUAAGUUAAUUCCUGUUUCAUCCUGAGAAAACAGGGCAUAGUCUCCCUCUCCUGUCUUCCAUUACUUCAUGGUUAGCGCUACUGAUGGAGCUGAAAUCUAAAGAGUCAUCAUUCUCAUCAUCAUCGUUUAUCUGCCUUUAGAAGGCGAGCAGACCUAGGAAGCCACCGGGUUUAUGGGGAGGCCUCCUCACUUACAACAAUAUAUUUAAUAAAGAACAAGUGCUGCGAAUGUGCCGCUCGGCCAAUUCAGUGUUUAUUUAAGUGAAUUAAAGUAAGAAAAAGUAAAAAACUCGUCUUAAGCUAAAAAGAUUUGAUGAACGAGUGCCUGAAACAGGAAGAGAGUUCCAAAUUUUUUAGGACCUUGGUAGAGGAAUGUAAAUUGCUUGAGAUUUUUCGGACAGCGUGGUCCAGGAGAACAACUGAAGGAGAAAAGAUGCGCGUAAGAUUGUGAGUCCCACUCGCAACUAAAGAACUGAAGAUCGGUGGAGUAUUGAGACAUGCUUUGGUUUAUUAAUGAAAAGUAGCUGCCAAAUACUUUUUAAACAUAUUGGUGUUUGUUAUUAUCAAGGCAAUUGGAACCGUGCAAAAUUGAAAAACGUGGCGCGACAUUGAUGAUAGUUACAGCAAUUCAGUUGAAAUCGCACUGAUAAGGUUCACACUGAUUCUUGAUGGAGCCAGCUUUUCGAUGGCCUUGACUCCCUGCUUAUGUUAACAUUCAACUUUAACUUAAAGGGUAAAGUCGGGAAAGGGCAUAUUUCGUACUGAUCCCAGAGGCUCUUCGUUGUUUUUCUUUGUUGUUUAAAAUUUAUUGUUUGAAUUUGUUUGUUUAUUUGUUUUUGCCAGGGUACUGCACUGGCGACCAUGGUUGGCUGGUUAUCGUACGGAAACAAGAAAUUCGAAGCGUUGGAUUCACAGAUGAGGACACUUAUUCCUCCACUGAGACAAGCAAUGUUUGAUUUUAUUCCAAUGAUUGAUGCGGACACCAAUGCAUUCAGUGGAUUCAUGGUAAAUUUGAAUUUAUAUUAUGUUCGCGCUCUUUUACAAGUCGUAUCCUUGGCUGUACUCGUUUGUACUCGACCGCUCUUGUGUGCUCUCGACGGCUCUCGUGUGCUCUCAAAGGCUGUUGUGUACUCCCGACCGCUCUUGUAUCCUUUUGUCAAUUUACGAGUACUUUCGUCCUUUCAUCAACUGACGUACACUCUUCUAUUUGCACCCUGCUCAAAUUAAUGAAAAGCAACGAGAUUCGCUCAUCUAUGGCUCACAUGCUCUUGUGUUGAUGAUAGUCAAUGCAAACGAAUGAAAAUAUCACAAAUCUCACGUUGUUUUUCUUCUUCGACAAAGCUGAUUCCUUUUUUCCUCUAAUCUUCGGAGUUCAAUCUUUACGACAUGUUGGAAGGGAAAUUAAAUGAGCAAUGUUGGGGAUACUUGAAUAAUUGCAAUAAUGGGGACAAAAAUUCAUCGUUUUCUACAAGAGGAACAGCCUAGCUACAUGAUUGUUUCUUUAUGAGAGGAUCGUAUUUCUAUUUAAAAUAUUUGAAUUUACCUUCUUCAAAUUUAUGAUGAAUUUUCAACUUUUCAGGAAGCGAAGAAACUUUCAAAAACUACUCCUGAAGAAGAGGAAAUGUAAGAUUUUAAAGGCUCUGAACUGUUGGUAUUACCUAUAUUAGCUUUUAUUAGAAUUCAUUGAUUUGAAAUCAUCGAUACGAAAUUGCAAAAAAUGCCAACAGUUAAAAGAGGAAUACCCAUCUUCAAGGGAGGACAAUGAAGGAGGUCUCAUUUUCAGUACAAGUGCAAUUCUUUGUGUUCCUAACCUAGCGGCAUAAUAAAACUGGCCUUUCCUUGGCAGCUAAACCUGUACUAGAGAUCAUCUUGUUUCGAACAACUCAACCUGAUAUUUUUAGCUCGAACGUCUAUCGACAUGACCCUGAGCGAACGUAGGUCUUGAUAUUAAUGUUGGAUACUAUCUUUAUCAAAAUCAAGCACCAUUGUUGCUGCAGACUGUUUGGCAUAGAUAUCUGCUGGCGAUAUUCUAAAGCUCCUCAACCAGUACUUAUUGCUUUGCGUCUUUCGAUAAUUUGAUGACUUUUGAAAUGCCGCUACUGCCCGUACAAGCAAUGAAAAACUUGCAGCAUGUUUUUUAGGAAUGAAUUUUGGACCUAUAACAGCAAUAUUGUUGUUAUUUUUGUGUGGUAUUUCAGACGUGAGAAGGCAUUGCAAGAUGGGCUCAGAUCCGCUGUUCAGGUCCCUCUUAAUGUUAUCAAAACAGCUACCAAGGUGUGGAAUCCGAUGGUAGAGCUUGCUAAAAUUGGAAAUAUCAAUAGCAAGUCUGAUCUGCAGGUAGGGAGUAAAAUACUUGUAUGAGAACAUGUCUAGUAGUGCGGAUGUACGCAAGUCCAGCUGCCCUUUCUGGUCACUCUCAUCUUACUUUUCGUUUGAAAUAAUGGACAUUGGGGUUGAGUGGAUGGCACAGUUAUGCAUAUCUAUGUCUUCCUCGAAACUGAAAGUAGUGCUACCCUUUCUGGCUACAUAAAAGUUUAGUUUGCGGAACCCCUUUUCCCGUUUUAAUGUUAGAUGAGAGCAAGAUGCAAACUUUUGUCACAUUAAGAUGGGCCUGGUCGGAAUACACAAAGCAGAGUUUCACAAUCCCCGGCUGUGACCAUUGUACAACAUAGGAGUGGUAUAUAGGGGCUGGACUUAGGUGCCCUCGUAACAGAACGGAGUAUCUGACGAGAAUUUAUUAUAUGUUUUGCUUCAUAGGUUGGGGCUCGAAGUCUGGAGACAGCCGUGUGGGGCGCAUUCUACAACGUGAAGAUUAACUUAGAGGACAUAAGUGAUGAAACUUUUAACAAAGAAGUAAGUAAUAUGUGCUCUCAACCAUCAGCACUUAUUAGUAUUAAAUUGUCACUGACAGUCAUCUCAAAGUGAUUUCCAAACACACAGGUUAAGAGACACUGCUAUUGUGUCUCUCAGUUAGUGCGUGCGUUAUAGUUUGUCACUUUAGCUAUACGGCCCGCUGAAAUCAACAGUUUGUUUGAGUUGAAAACUUUCCCCUCUUUUUGAACCUAGAUGAUGAAUAUCUUAAAAACCUCGUUUUCUUGGUCUGUAUUAAAAAUUACGGAACCACGUUUAUUCCAUAUUCAGUCCGAAACUUUCAGUAAGCAGGUGAAACUCGGUUAGCAAGAGGCAUAAAGAAACAUAGAAUGGCUAAGUUAGAUUAAAUUACAAUAAACUUUACCACUUGGGGAAAAGUGAGCCUGUCUUUUCGUGGUCGAAGAUGCGCUUUAUUCCAUUGAAAUUACCACUAUUUUACGCGGUAGGUUCUUCACGAAGCGGAAUCCUCUUUGGAAAUUGCACAAGAAAAAUGCAAGGAAAUCUUACAGAUCCUAGAGGAAAGAAAGUAAACAACAACCCUGUGUAAUAGAAUGAGACUGGGGUGUGAUGGUCAAGAGAGCGAAAGGAUUUAACGCACCCACCUUCAAACUGGGACAAGGAAGAUAUUUGGCUGUUCUUAUUGAUUUGGUGAAUGUACUUCUACUCCUUUCCUCCACAUCUGCGUUGGGCUUGCUUCGUUGCAAAAUAUACACAUUGAUAAUCGUGGGAUCGUUUAAAGAGAGUUAUCAUUGAGUAAAAAAAAUUAUGGUCAAAUUUUUAAGUUAUUAUCUUAGGCACCGUGUUCGAGUGGAUAAAAUCCGUUAAACGUAAAAAGUUUAAGAUAAGAGUUUGCAAGCUCUCAAUAGAAUAAAGAGUUGUGUUUUGAAUUGAUAAAAUGUUCUAAUGAAAUAAUGGUAUAGUUUUUAUGGAAAUUUUGUACACCUGCCAACGACACAAUUAAAUUUAUACUUCCUAAACGCUGGUCUCGCUUAAAAACUCG